AUGGGCGAACGGGCGCCAAUCCUGCCGGUCCCGCUGCCGCUUGUUGGUCGCAAUACUUUUCAUUCUUUCUCUACCAUUUCGCUCUGGUCGUCUGGAAUGACCACCCCGCGGCGCAUUUUUGUCGACGACACAGACCCAUCCAUCCACUACUCCGCAAACCAGUGGUUUCCUCAUGACGUCAACCAGCUCAAAAUCGGCAACCUGGGGCCAGUGUGGAACGGCACAACGCGCAGUACGAUUGCCAAUGGCGCAAGCAUGAGCUUCACGUUCAGCGGUACUUCUGUUUCCCUUCUAGGCAGCAUCAUUGUGACGAUGGAUGCUCAAGGCAAUCCGGACCCGACCUGGCUAUGUACAGUCGACGGAAUCGCAAUUUCAAAUGGCACCAAUCCCUUAUUCAACUUCCCAGAAAACAAUUGGAACCUAUGUGACCAAACGACGCUCCUUCCCGGUCCACAUACUCUGAAAGUGAACAUUCAGACCAAGGGACAACCCUUCUACGUGGACAGCAUUGUCUACACACCAACUCCAGAUGUCAGCAUAGAUGGCGCAGUUCUGGAGUACACGGCAGGGGAUCCCGCGAUAACCUACGGGCCAGGGUGGCAAUUCUACACGGUGGAAGACAAGGAGAAUAUAACGCAAACCAACGGCGCUCAAGUCGCCUUUAAUUUCCAUGGUACUGCCGUUGCUUUAACAGGAUAUAUACCGCAUGAGCUUGCUCACAGUGCAACGACCGCGAAAUAUUCCAUCGACAAUGAACCUGCAACGACUUUCACACUACAAGGGCUGUCGCCGGAGGCAACGACAACUUUGUUUAAUGUUCCAAUGUUCUCUGUUAGCUCGCUUUCUCCCGGCGAGCAUAAUGUGGUCGUCACCUACGAGGGCGAUUCGACCAAAACUCCACUUCCCGUCAGAAACUUCUACGUGACCAACUCCACACAACCUGUUCCUACGACUUCUUCUGUAUCCGCAAGCUUUAGUCAUCGCCCAUCCAAUACUGUUGUUGCCCAGCCAGGAGGAACCAAACAUCCACCCGCUGCGGCUAUCGCAGGGGCAGUGGUUGGCAGUCUUCUCUUUCUGAUCGUAAUCGCUGUCUUGUUCUGGCUCCUAAAACGCAAGAAACGAGAAGAAAUCAAUAGGUUUACUAUCGACACAAUGGAAACGGGAUCGGGUGUAAACGCAUUGCAGUCACGCUCUCAAUAUGGCAUCCUCGAUCCAUAUAUCCAAUCCGAAGGUCAAAUCCAUGUCGCAACUCCGUCACAGGCCACACCAUACUCGUAUCCGUAUAGGUCUCUCCGUCCUCGGAACGAUGAGGCUAGCGAAGGCUCCUCGUCAUCCGAGUUUAGCUCAGUUGGCACCGAGAGUAUUUCUCAACGGGCAAGAGCAAUAUCACAUUCGGAUAAAGCUCGAGAGCUUACACCGCAACGCCAAAUCAUCAUCCAACGACACCAAGACAGCGGGGUGCGCCUAAAUUCAGACCACUCUCUGCAUCUUCAGCCAGAGAUAGUGGAUCUCCCACCAGAUUACAGUCAAGAUUAA